CAGCAUCUCGUUCCAAAUCUCCCACCUUUCCCCUCCAAACCAACCAGCACCGGCGGCUUCCCCUUUCCCCACUCAAGAAGCAGCGAUGGCCCCCAAGGCGGCGGAGAAGAAGCCGGCGGCGAAGAAGCCCGCGGAGGAGGAGACCACGACUGAGAAGGCCGACAAGGCUCCGGCCGGGAAGAAGCCCAAGGCCGAGAAGCGGCUGCCGGCGGCGGGCAAGAGCAAGACCUCCGGCAAGGAGGGCGGCGGCGACAAGAAGUCCAAGAAGAAGAGCAAGAAGAGCGUGGAGACGUACAAGAUCUACAUCUUCAAGGUGCUGAAGCAGGUGCACCCCGACAUCGGUAUCUCCUCCAAGGCCAUGUCCAUCAUGAACUCCUUCAUCAACGACAUCUUCGAGAAGCUCGCCGGCGAGUCCGCCAAGCUCGCCCGCUACAACAAGAAGCCCACCAUCACCUCCCGGGAGAUCCAGACCUCCGUACGCCUCGUCCUCCCCGGCGAGCUCGCCAAGCACGCCGUCUCCGAGGGCACCAAGGCCGUCACCAAGUUCACCUCCUCUUAGAUUGUACAUCUAGUAGCAACUGUAGAUGGUUCUGUUUACUUGGUGCCUGUCUGACUCUGGUUAUCUGAAAGUAGAAGUGGUGUUAGUGCUGGCUCGAUGGGAAUUGCCGAAUGAUUGCCAAUACUCUGUUGGUUCGUUGCCUGCAACAACUGGACCUGUGCUUCUUUUCUUUUGGUAAACUGACAUAUCAAAGGUAGUGAUCCAUUUCAGCUA